AUGUUGCUCGACCGUUUCCGUCAGUUCGCCAAUAUUCGAAUCGAGCUCGCGCGCGAGGGACCCUUUCAAGCCGGCGAGAUCGUCCGAUGCAAUGUGCACUGCGAUGUGUUGCGCGAGAUCACCAACGGCGCGCUGUUCGUCAUGAUCAAUGGUGUCGCGCAUUCGCAUUGGAAUCUCGCCACGAAUGGCAAGAAGACCAAGGAGGGAAUUGUGAAGAUCGACAAGAAUGCGACCUACUCGGAGACAAUGGAUUACAUCAAUUUUUGCCACGUCAUCUGGGAUUGUAAAAUGAAGGGUCCCCUUCAAACCGGCCAUUUCGCCUUCGGCAUCAACUAUCGCCUACCGGAGAUUUGCCCGCAAAAUUUCGAAGGAUUGCACGGAUGGAUUCGAUACUCGGUGUCGGCCAAAUUCAAGAUUCCAUUCGCAAGAACGAUCACGACUAAAAAAGCGUUCAAAGUAAUGCCUCUUGUCUACGGUGUCCGCGACAGCCUUCACUGCUAUCCUCUUCAUGUGCACGCUUCCAAGGAUCCGGGACUGAUCUUCAAGGACGGCACGAUUCGUCUCGGCGUCUCGAUACCGAAGCGCAAUUAUUUUGCCGGCGACUUGAUGAGCAUGACGGUCUCGAUCACCAACACCACAUCGCUGACCAUCAAUCGCAUCGUCACCUCCAUCAUUCAAAUCAACACCUAUUACGGCUUGUGCGAGACGGGACCGCGCGUGUUCGACCCGUUCCGUUUUCGGGUUGCGAAAAAGACGAAGAUCGAGAGGGUCGUCGUCAGCACCAUCGAUUACACGAAUGUCUACAUCGCGCGCUACUGCUGCACGGAUCGCCGCUACUACUUGAACAUUCCGAUCAGCGCGACGCCAACUCUGACCAAUUGUCCAGUCAUCUCCAUCAAAUACAUUCUGAAGGUGUCGGCGUUUGUGGCGAAGUGGUUCGAUCGUGGAAUCACUAUCGAGCUUCCAAUCGAGAUCGGCGUCGUUCCCGAGCGUCCACGCGUUCGAUCGAUCAUCAUGGGCGUGCCGGCUCCGCAAUUCGUCGUCCCCGAGCGCGCUUGGCGUCAGAUGGAGGAGAUCGCCGACGACUACAUCGAGCUCGGCAAUAAUUUCUAG